GCAGUAUUUAGGUCGCUUCCGAUAUUUUGAUCAGCAAAUCAGUAAAUUUUUCAGCUUACGGGUUCAAGAAAGUGACUAUGGAUUCCACGAUUUCGCCGGCACCAGCAUGUGCUACUCUAGGAAUACAGCUUGGUUCCAGCAACUAUCGGGUGGCUCACCUGCAAUCAGUUUACAAUGUCCCAGAAAUCCUUCGGGAUGCGUUCGGCAAUGAAGUUACACCGUCCUAUUAUGGUAUAGAUGGCGCAGUCCAGUUAUUCGGUGACGACGCAUUACGCUACGCAAGCAUUCACCCUGAAACGUGCAUCCGAGGGAUCGUGAAAUAUUUUAGCGAUGCCGUAGCCUUGCCCGCCAAACUGGAUAGCUAUAAUGUGGAUAAUCGUCUCCAGCUGCUAACCACAAGUGCCAUGAAACCGGUGGGAGUUCUUAACGGUACAAUUCAAGCGCUAACUGACGGGAUAAAAGAAGGCUUUGACCAAUCAACCACGAUAGUCAACGUUGUAGUUGCGGUAGCAAACCUCCAUUUGAAGCACACUGAACGUCACAUUACAGAAGCGCUUAGUCGUCACCUGGAGUUUCUGUCUCUCCAUCAUGUUACCGUUAUACCAAAGACAGCGGCGGCGUUGUUAGGAUGCGGCAUGAAUCGUGAAGCAUGCGAAGAUGGCGUAUACGUCGUUCUAGUGGUUGGGGCUGCGGUGUCUGAAUUGGCAGUGUAUCAGGUAAAAGAUGGGAUUGCCAGACGACAAGGAGGGAUUUAUCAGCAUCAGAUAGGUGGUGAUAUGUUCGAUCAGGCUAUUGUCAGAAGUUGCUGCAUACAAUUCGAAAAAGAACACGGCAUCGAUCUUCGGCAGCAUUCGGGGGCCCUGCAGCAGUUGCGUGUGCAGUGUCAGAAAGCCAAGGACCGGCUGUCAGCAGCAAAACUUGUGCCGGUCGAAGUACUUCGAUUAGUCGGAGACAAGAAGUUGAAAUAUCAAGUCACCCGUAGUGAGCUGGAUGUCGAUAUGCAAGGGACAGUAUCCCAGUUUUCCAGCUGGUUGGGUAAAACAACAUACCCAUUUCGAAAGUCGCUGACGUUGAAGGAAGUUAUUUUCGUGGGUGGAGCAUCCCGAAUACCACAGUUACAACGUGCAGUAAGUGAAAUAUUUCCUGGAUUACUACGGACUUCCGUCAGUGCUUACGCCCAUCUUGCUGUUGUCAAUGGGGCAACAUACUGGGCUCGUUACCUUUGCAGUCCCGAUGCCGGACUUACGGAAAAAUUUAGCGACAAAUGUAUUGAUUUUGAGGCUGUAAAAGCAGGGAUCGCAAAACAAAUCGUAUCAACUCCGCAACUGGACCAGACUGCUGGGAAGAGUGAGCUAGCAGAAACCACCAUGACAGGUCACCGUCCCGCGAGUGCACCUAUCGAUGAGAAAAAUUCCGUCGAGAAACAAGAGCACUGUACUCAGUGUGCUGAUGAGAACAGUAUACCACCAGCAAAAACGGAAAGCGUACAACAGCCCCUUGGGACCUCACGGAAAAUUCCUAUUGAAGAAAUUAUAUCAUCAGGAGCAACAUGCGAAGCAACCGCCAUGAAUGCACACCCGCAAAUUGUUACUGAAAAAGCGCAGCAAGAUUACUGGCCAGAACACUCAGGCAGACAAACUGCCACAACCUCCAGCGCACCCGCAGUGGACUUCCCAAGCAUAGUUUCCGACAAUUCUGUGAGAGUUGUACGAAUACUUUCGCCAACACAGGAGCGCACAUCAGCCGCAUCGGCAGCUAGUGGUAGAACCCCAUCAGUACGCCCUGAAAGUGCAGGUUGGAAAAAUGCAAACAGACCGCAGGACGACUCAGAAAGAGCAAUCGCGUCCAGAAAAACAGAUGCCCUUCCGCUGCCUACCAUUCACAAAGAAAGCAAUGGCGACCAAAUUACCGAAGCAGUAUUAUUCACUGCGGCCGAAGCAAGGACGAAGUCAUUAUUUGAACAUCCGCUAAGCAGAGACAUUACAUUUGAGGCUUCCCCGAUUUUUCGCCAGUCGUGCCUAAAAGUAAGCGAAUUCCUGGUUAGCAUCGGUGAUCGAGAAGAAACUCACCGGGGCACAUACAGCGCGGAAGUAACACUCGUCGAUGACACCACACUUCGCGUUUACGCUUUGAAAAUCAAACCAACGGACAAACGUAUAGAUGCUGUUUCUUUCUCGAAAGACCAAAUAGAAGAAACGAUGACUCGCUCUGUUUUUGGCGGUAGGGAUAUGUGUACAAUUGCUUUAAAACUUCGCUGUGGCGAUCCUCGGAAUAUGGUUAACUUGAAGUAUUUCGAACUGUUUUUUAUCAUUCAUUUUCCGACUGCCAUCGUCAAGGAGAAUUUCAUUAGAGCGAUGCACGACUGCGGAAUGGCGUUUUGCUACUCAUAACUUUGUAUUCUAAUUAAUUAUCAGAAAUUUCAAUACUGCUGGCGAUUUCUUUCCGGUUAUUGUCAUGAGGGAUUUUUAUAUAUGACGACUGAAUAAGACCGCUCUCUUCUAUGUAAACAUACCUAUUCAGUAGAGCGGCUAGAGCCGUGACUAUCAAAGGCCCGUAAAAAUGUACAA